AGCCAAUGAGUGCACGCUGUGGGCGGGGUGACGGUGGCCGGGACGGGACAUGAGUGUGUCCGGGCAGAGAUCGGGGACAGAUCGGACAUGAGUUGGUUGGUUUCCCGUGUAUCGGCGGUCCGGGUCCCGGCCGUCCUCCGCCUGCUGAGCGGUAGUAAUUCCCGGGAACACCUGGAGGAAUUGGUGAAGAAGGACAAGGUGGUGGUGUUUAUGAAGGGGACGAAGGAGCAGCCGAUGUGCGGGUUCAGUAAUGCGGUGGUGCAGAUCCUCCGGAUGCACGGGGUGGACGGCUACGCCGCAUACAAUGUGCUGGAGGACCAAGACCUCCGACAGGGGGUUAAGAGCUACUCCAACUGGCCCACCAUCCCGCAAGUGUAUCUGAAUGGGGAGUUUGUCGGGGGCUGCGACAUUCUUCUCCAAAUGCACCAGAACGGAGACCUGGUGGAAGAGCUGAAAAAGCUGGGCAUUCGAUCCGCACUGCUGGACGCGCAGCCGAGUCAGGAGAGGAAGUAACGGAGAAGGCCGCGUUGUGUGGACUGUUUAUCCAGAGCGAAGGCCUGUGCACACCGGAGAAGCCUUAUUUAUCACAGUGAACUGUUGUACCUAUUCUGUAUUGUCCGCUUGUGUAAAAGAAGAUCUGUGAAUGCCACUUAUCGCCGCCCUAGUGGAUGUGUGGUUUAUAACGGGCGGCUCUUUAUCCUUGUAAUAUAGUCAGAUGAUGACCACUGUUCUAGAGAGAGAUACAUUUAUUAUGAUAGAAUGUAACGUCAUAAUAAAAUAUUUACUUCCAUAGAAGGAAA